CUUUGAUCACUUAAAAACCAUCCGUUUUGUUGUAUUUCCAAAUUCAUACCAUAGAAAAGAAACUCAAAUUUUCCAAAAAUCUUUCUCUAAUGGCUAAUCUCUUCCGUUCUCCAAAUCCCCAUUUCUUCAAGGUCAUUCUCCACCAAACUCUAACCCAACAAAAGCUUGACCUUCCAAACAAGUUUGUCAAGAACAAUGGCGGUUCUCUGUUAUUCAACAAGGUCACUCUCUUCCUUCCCGACGGGGCAAACUGGAAAAUCCAACUCAAGAAAUUAGACGGAAAAAUCUGUUUCCGGAGAGGCUGGCCGGAAUUCGUCCAGUUUUAUUCUGUUCAACCUGGACAUUUCCUAGUGUUCCAGUUGAAAGGAAUUUGUUGUUUUAAUGUCCUCAUUUUCGAUACCUCCGCUACCGAAAUCGAUUAUCCAAUUCGUCGGUUACUGGAUCUGAUUCCGAAAAGCAGAAACGAAGAUGAAGAGGAAUCUAUUCAGAUACUGAAUGAGAUGGUUUUGAAGAAGAGGAGAAUGGAGAAAGAGGAGGAAACGCCGCCGGCUUAUCGUUCGUUGCGAGGACUGAAGAAGAUGAUGAGGAAGAAUGCGAAGGUGAAGAUCGCUAAGAAUCGAGGAAUCACUAGCGAUGAAGAUGAAGGAGACCUGGAAAUGGACAACUCACGGAGACAGAGUAAUCACAGAGGAAUAGUGUAUAAUGAGGGAGACGAUGGCCGAGUCAGUCCGGAAUCGAUGAGACCGAUGAAUCCAAGGAAGACGCCACCGGCAUUGACGGAGAAUCAACUAGCAGUUAAAAAGAGAGCGAGCUGGUUCAAAUCGAGGAGGAAUAAUCCUUCAUUCAUGGUGACAAUGAGACCUUCCUAUAUCCAAACAGGAAACUAUCUGAGCUUACCGAGGAGAUUUGGAGAGAAGUACAUAAAGGAAUCGGUGGAUGUGAAGCUGGAGGUGGGCGACGGGAGGUGUUGGAGAGUGUGGUGUGGAGUACGAUGGGCGUUUACACGGCGGAGAACGGAGUUGAAAGGCGGUUGGAAGAGAUUCGCGGUGGACAAUGAGUUGAAGGAAGGCGAUAUUUGUGUGUUUGAAUUGAUGAAGAAAAACGGCUCCGUUUUGUUUAAAGUCGCCAUUUUCCGUCUUCCAGAUGCUGAAUAAAUAACUCCGUUUUCAUUCUUUUGGGCAAUAAUUAACAUUAAAAUGGCGAUUUUAAACAAAACGGGGUCGUUUUUCUUCAAGUACUUAGCCUAGAAUAUGAGAAAUUUCCAAUCUAAUUAUAUGUAUCAAAAACUAAAACUAUCCUUAAUUAUAUUCAUAAUUACACCUACAACUAUACAUGCAUAAGCUAAGUAAUUACAAUAAAUUAAGUAUAAACAUUUC